AUUUGACUUCCUUCGAUGCAGAAGCUGGCCAAUGAGCUGGGCGUCAUUAAGCCGGCCUCCGUGCUGCGGGUCCGACCACUGGCAGGGCUCCUCCCGCCCCCUUCAUCGAUGAGGUAGUGGGCUUGCUCAUUUGAAUAAUGUGCGACUACUUGGACCGGAGCCAAUCAGCUGUCGGAGCACCACGAUAACUCGCAAUGCAUUAUUGAUAAUAAUAAUUACGUUGACAUGCGCAUUUGAGGAGGUAGGAGUGCGGUGGCGGUGAGGGGGGACAUUUUUUUUAAAGGCCAAAAGAAUUUGUAGAAAAAGAGGAGGAUAAUUGUGCGGAACUCUUUUUGGCCCAGAUGGUUGCAGCAUGUCGAGGCGCAAGCAAGCCAAACCGCAGCAUAUCAACUCGGACGAGCCUGGGUCCGCACAAAAUGGCAUUCUACGAGAUGAUCCAGAGCAGCAGACGGACGGGGAAGUGAAAAAGUUCCGAAUGGACCAGACUCGGAUCUGCAACAAGUGCUGUGCCGAAUUCUUCGAUGAAUUUGAAUUUUUGGAACACGAAAAGAACUGUACCAAAACCCAGAAAGUACUCAUUAUGAGAGAGGGUGAUUGCAGUGAGGUAACAGAGGAAUAUUUGCAAGGUUCUCCCGAAGACCCCGACAGUGACCAUGACGAUAGCCGGUCCAGCAGCCAUUUCGGAGCUGGCGCCAACGCUAACCAACUGGAAAAAACUGAAGAUGAGUCCAACGCGCACAUGGAGGACCACGAAGAUAUGGCUGCCAGUCCCGAGACACACUUCCAACCUUCCCCUGAGAUGCAGGAUCCAAACAAUUCUGAGGCCGUGACUACUGACUCUCAAAUUUCCAUCUCCCAGACUUCUUCAAAUCCAUCAGCUCUAUCAUCGCAGGACGCAUUACAGGUCAUCCCCAUGAUCUUGGAACAGUUGGUGUGCCUCCAGCAGCAGCAGCUACAGCAAAUCCAGAUCACAGAACAGAUCCGAAUCCAAGUGGCCAUGAUGACUCCGCAGGGUCUGCGCUCAUCAGCCAUGGACCCCCUGAAAGCCCUCGGCGCACAUCUCUCCCAACAGCUGUCUGCUGCAGCGGCUUUGAUAGGAAAAAGGACCGGCAGUCAGAACCUGUCAAUGGAGGCGAUCAAGCAAGGUAAACUCUCUCUUCCCGCCGGCAUCCCGACCUCCGUACCUGCAGGACUGAGCGCAAUGACCUCUAAGAUGGACAUUUUGAAGGGCAUUCCUGAGCUGGCUAGCCGUUUACCAGCCCUUGUCACGGAGUCACCGGGUGUUGUCGGUUUCCCGGGCACCUUCGGUGCGAUCCAAACAGGGAUUGACUCGAAAAAAGCAAAGGGAAAGCUGCUGAAUGUUCCAAUCGAGUCAAAGAAUGGAGACUUGUUAUAUAAGCACAAGUGCAAGUACUGUGGAAAGACCUUCGGCAAUGACAGCGCUCUCCAGAUUCACCUGCGUUCGCACACCGGAGAGAGGCCCUUCAAAUGCAACAUCUGCGGAAACCGCUUCACAACCAAAGGGAACCUCAAGGUGCAUUUCCAAAGGCACAGGGACAAGUAUCCCAACAUCACCAUGAACCCUCAUCCAGUGCCCGAACACCUUGACAGCAUUCCCACCAGCACCGGAAUUCCCUUUGGUAUGUCGGUCCCCAUGGAAGAGUCCAAUGAAAUCAAGCCGAUACUUGGUCAUCCCGCUGCAGGGUUCCAUUCUUCGUCACUCUCUGGAUUCAAGACAUUUGAUGGCUUUGGAGGUGGUGACCCAUUUUCCCAGAGACCCUCUCCAUCAACAAGCGAUGGCUCCCCGUCUGUUUCCUCAAAUAUCUUUGGCCAAGAGACCAGUAUGGAUCACACCCAGAAGGAUGCCAAGGACCUCCUGGGAACACUGCAUCACAUGAAUGGAAAUGCCUUGUCUGGAGAGCAAAGUUCUGGCACCGCAAAGCUCCAGCAGAUGGUGGACGGCUUGGAGAAGAAGACAAACGACCCCAACGAGUGUGUCAUCUGUCACAGAAUUCUCAGCUGCCAGAGCUCGCUGAAGAUGCAUUACCGCACACACACCGGGGAGAGGCCGUACAAAUGCAAGAUCUGCGGCCGUGCUUUCUCCACCAAAGGCAACCUAAAGGCCCAUUACGGGGUGCACAGGGCCAACACUCCUCUUAAAAUGCAGCACUCCUGUCCCAUCUGCCAGAAGAAGUUCACCAACGCGGUGGUUCUGCAGCAGCACAUUCGCAUGCACAUGGGCGGCCAAAUUCCCAACACCCCAGUGGCGGAAACCCACUUUGAGGCCAACGACACAAUCGAGUCCUCUCCACCGGAAGAAAAGUCUGCGGACCUCAAUGGUUUUGCGGCAAACAUGGAAACUCGAGAACCUGAGGUGAGCUCUCAGAAGCCACUUGACAAUUCUGACUCUGUCCCAUCUGCCGCUGAAGACCAGAAGCAUCCUGGCCCCUCUGUGUUUUCCAGCCUUGAUGUUUUGAAGAAUCUCACCUCUGCUCUUGCACUAAAACGACAGGGUAGCACUCCAUCUGAGAGCGAGGGGACACCCAAAGAAUCGCCAUCUGCUCCCAGAGAGCAGGAAUAUCAGAACGACCGCAGUCCAGGCGCUUCUGAUUCUGCCAUGUCAUUUCCUUCCACCUCUCCCGUCAACAACACUAGUAGCCUCAAGUCUCCGGAAUCUGCUACAGAAGAGUUUGCUCGUAAUGGAUACAAACCGGACCUUGAAGGGGCGAAUCAAGACGGAAGUGAAUCCAGUGGAGCCCUCGACCUCACGGCUUCGAGCAGCUUUACCCCAAAAGCUAUCAAAGAGGAGCCUAGUGUGCCAUUCACAAGUGGAGAAUAUGCUGCCAGUAGUAUGUCUUUCAUGAGGAUCCCGUCGAGUCUGGAGAUGAAGAUUCCUCAAGAGAGCCCAUUGGGCACCCAUGGUUUGUUUGCAGCUCAAAUGCCCCCAGGAGCAGCAGUACCAUCGGCCAUCCCCACGGCACCGCGUCGGUCCUCCAAGCAGCAUGUUUGUAACGUCUGCGGGAAGAACUUCUCGUCUGCCAGCGCCUUGCAGAUUCAUGAGCGCACGCACACUGGGGAGAAGCCUUUCGCCUGCAACGUCUGCGGCCGGGCAUUCACCACUAAAGGAAAUCUAAAGGUACACAUUGGUACUCACAUGUGGAACAACUCCUCGAGACGUGGUCAGCGUCUAUCCCUGGAUAAUCCCAUGGCUCUUAUGGCAAUGAGCUCUGAGCCAAAGAUGUUACCAGAAAUGUUGCAAGCCCCCCAAGAACUUGCUGCUCCACCCAUGAACUUUGACCCAUCCAUGUGGAACCAGUACACCACAACCUAUAGCGGCGGUCUGACCAUGAAGGCCAACGAGAUCUCAGUCAUCCAGGGAGGAGGCAUCCCCCUCCCCGGGAGCCCUGCUGGCAGCGCCCCGCUGAUUGGAUCCACCGGAGGCCUCAUGAAGAUGGACGGGUCUCACUCUGGCUUGCCUGCUUCCAUGGCUGAGAUUGAGAAGAACAGCUCUGACAGUGUACCAAAAUCCCAGUUUCCACAUUUCAUGGAGGAGGGGAAAAUUGCAGUCAAUUAAUCACUUGAACUUUCAGCCUGAAUGUCUUCUUGCAACUGAGGUACAAUCGUGGAAUGCAGCAAAGGUCUUUUCCCAGUAAUCUGCUCACAUCACUCAUUCAAUUGAUUCUAUAGAAUUGCUUUUUAGUUGAUUUAAUGUAACUACUGUAGUUGUAUUUUAUGUGAAUUAUAUACGGGUAUUUUUUUUUGCUGUUUAUUCAAACGUUUGAAUGUACAACAUUACUUGAAACUCUGCUUUAACUCCAGCUGUCUCCUUUAAAAAAAAAAAAAACUUUUUGAAGGAUUUUGACUUCAAGGGUUUGACAUUUAAGGUUUAAUGUAAAAAAAAAAGCAGUCACACUAUAACGAUUAAAGGCUUUGUUGCUAAGUAAAAUAAAACUUGGUAAAAACAUAUUUGACCCUUAAAAAAACUAUUUUGGAACACAUAACACCAGCUUAAAAUUGUCACCCAUUUUGGAAAUCAUUUUUUAUCUGCAAAGAUAAAAUGAUAGAUAGCACUGAAGAAUGUUUAUCAAUCAAAUGAUUCCUUUGAAGCCAGGAUGGACCCAAUCCGACAAAACACUUUUGAGCUUCUAGUGUGAACGACUUAUUAUCCACCCAUUAAAACUGACGUGAUUUCGGGACUAAUAUUUCAAAAUGAAAACUGCAGUCUUGCCGUGAGAAAUGUCAAGAAACAACGUAGUUGGACAUUUCCGCUUUUAGCGCUUUGGCACAGUUAACCAUCUCGACUACUUACAAAUGACUACUUUCCUUCCUAUUGCGUGCCAUCAAUUUCUGACAUUGUAUGUUUUUGUAAUGUAGUUUUUCAAAUUGAAGUGACAUUUGGACAGGUUGCUCGAGUGUCCUCCCUGUUGCAUAUGUGUUAGUUUUCAAUUUGAAUGAUGACUCAUGGUUCUACUUGCCAAGUGCCUAACUUGAAUCGUGUGUGUUGCUGUUGUCUUUCAAUGCACCAGAGGGUUAAUUCAAAGGCUUUGGUAUCAAUGAUGAUUUGUACAUGUAGCAUUGCUUGUGUAUCAGAUUUACAUCCAGAACUCUCUCUGCUGCCUUUGUGUUUUCUUGUAAGGCGGUCAUAUUUAGUUGGCUGAGAUCCAAAUGCAGAAUAUUGUCCAGCCUGCACUUUAUUUGAGGUUUAUACGGUCACAGUUAUUGUUGCAUCUCAGUCUCACUGCGUAAUGCUGUCUUAGCAGGACAAAGGGCAAAAUUACAAUUUUGUCUCAAGAGGUUUGCCAGUGCUCAGAUUGAAUGGUCUUCAAAUUGUAGCAUUUUAAUUUAUUUAUAAUACACAAGGCUUGAGUUUUGGGGGUGAGUUCUACCUCUUUUAGAUUUUAGUUCGCCACACCGCCCUUUCUCAAUGUUAACUGUACAUUUCUCCCCCAAUACAUUCUUGAGUGCAUAUAUUUUAUUUUCUACUCUAAAUCUGCUGUGUUGAACUCCAAUGAAUGUAUCACAGGACACUUUACACAAGUCAGAAUGCUCAGAGUUGGAAGGCCCCUGCUGUACAUUCCUUAGUAAUUAUGCAUUUGCCAAGUUGUGCCUUUUGCGUUCGCGAGCCUUGUCAAAAACUGCUUUUCGAAGAUGUCUCUACAAUUCAAUGUUGAGCCAGUGUGGCCUGUUUACAAGUGGACAUUGAUUUGAUGGUUUUUUUCACCAAAUAUUUCCUUCAACUAUGUUUGCUGGUUUUGAAAAAUAAAGUCCUCACUUUUUCACACAA